GAAACUGAGGCAGAGAUGGAGUGUGAGGGACCUAAUCAGCCAAUUACCGCCAAGAUUACUGAGAUAUGGAAAAACUGGGGCCAGAACACUCAGAACACCUUCCAAAUUCAAUUUUGUGGACAGUGGUCAAAAAACUUGACCUGGUUUAAUGGACAUCCACCACAAGAUGGCGAUAAUGUCAUAGUAGAAAGAGGACAUAUUUUACUAUUGGAUACUAACACAAGCAUUCUUAAUAUGCUUCAUGUCAAAGGUGGCAAGCUGGUAUUUAUUGGCCCUGGUCCCCUAGAACUUCACGCUCAUUCCAUCCUUGUGUCUGAUGGAGGAGAACUUCAGGUUGGAUCUCCCAGGAAGCCAUUCUGUGACGUUGCCCAUAUCCAUCUUCAUGGAAGUGCCUAUUCUGAAGUGUUUUCCCCAUAUGGAGCAAAAUUUCUGGCUGUGAGAAAUGGAACCCUGUCCAUGCAUGGCUGUGUCCCAAAAUCAUUAGUCACAUAUUUGAAAUCAGCAGCAUACUCUAAUGACACAAAAUUGGACUUAAUGGACUUUGUGGAUUGGAAACCUGGAGAUGAAGUUGUUGUAUGCGGAGGAAGUUUUGAAGGUGCUCAAAAGCAAAAGGAAAUUCUUACCAUUAAGGAAAUAAAUGGUACAGAACUCUACAUUACAUCUCCACUAAGGUAUUCUUACACUGUUACUGAGAAGCAGGUUGUUGAAGAGCAUCUUGCUUUUAGAGCUGUUGUGGCAUUGCUGAGUAGGAAUCUAGUCAUCCAAGGAAAUGUCACAAGUGAAAAAGUUUCCCAUCUGCGACUCUGUAAAGCGGCAGCUAUUUCAGGAGAUAACUCAAAGUGCUUCUAUAAGAGAAGUGAGAGAAAACCUGGGUCUCGGGACAUGGGGGCUAUUGUCAUUGUGGAAUCCUAUUAUGAUGAAGAGAGUGUGCUACAUUUGGCAGGGGUACAGUUCUAUCACGUAGGACAAGCAUUCCAAAAGCAUUUCAGUGCACUGACUGUGGUUGGAAAUGCUCAAAUGACUAACUCUUACAUGCAACAUUGUGUUGUACUGGAUUCUUUUGCUCAAGGAGUUAGCCUAUCAGGAAUAUCGGGUUUCAAGAUUGAAAAUAACACUUUUUACAACAUUAUGGGCCAUGGAAUUAAAAUAGGAGCAUGGCAUGGCAAUAAUAAAAUAAGACACAAUACAAUUAUUGGACUAGUGGGCACUGAUGGCCUUUCCAAUACUGAAGUUCUGUCCCCAGCUGGAAUAUAUAUCCAGUCUCCUGAUAAUUUGAUAGAGAGUAACAUGGUGUGUGGCACUGGGCAUGGUUAUUUUUUUCACCUUCCUCCUUCAAGAUUAGGAGAACCAGUGAUGUCCUUCAGUAAUAAUGUAGCCUAUUCUUGCUCCAGGUAUGGACUCUUAAUACAUCCACCAUAUCACCCUCAAAAGGGAAACAAUACAGAACCUGUUAUAUUCCAAAACUUUACUGCCUGGCAGUGCCAAGGUGGAGUGAAGAUUAUUAGCACCAGCAACCUUCAGCUUUGGAACUUCCAUAUUUCUUUUUGUAAAUAUUUUGGUAUCAACAUUGUGGAAAGUCUUGGAAACACUUCUGUUGUCAACAGUGUAUUAAUUGGGCACUUCCAUGAAAAGCAAGAUGGAAGCUGUAUGUUGACAGGGCUGAAAACUCCUCAAAAGCAUGAACUGUUGAUUUCACGUACAACCUUUAUGAACUUUGACAGUCACAACUGCACUGCAAUUACUCCCUGUUCUGGCUGCUACCAGGGUCAAGGAGGUUUUACUGUCAGAACAGAACAAGUCCUCCUCCUCAAUGCUCCAAACUGGCUAUCAUUUCCAUUCCCUCACUGCGCCAUCCUCAAAGAUCUAGACGGCUCUCUCACAGGACAACCAGGAAGUCAGAUCCUUCCUUCUCUAGAUAUACUUCCAGAUUCCUGUAGGACAAUUGUCAAUGCCAGUCAAGCUGUCAGUGCCAGUUGUUGUUUUGGAAAUGUUAUUUUUCAUCGUAUGUCUAUUGGCCUAAAGUCCCCAAUAUUUUCAUCAAAUUUAACAGUAACUAAUAGUCGGAAUAAGGUGAUCACGGUCAAUUAUGUGUCUGACACUUUAUCAAAUGCCAAUGGCUGGAUGAGUCUUCUUUUGGAUCAAGAAAUUUAUACUUUGUCAUUCAACAGUCCUCUGCUUCAAAGAAAUUUGCAGUACAUAGCUACAUUUGAUAAUUUUGCUGUUGGCAAUUAUCUAUUAUUGGAGCAUGAAGGGUUGCCAGUCCACAGUCAAGUUACAGUGUUUUGUGGAAGAAGGAAAGGGUCGCUACUCCAGGCUGUUCCUUCCCAUAGCCUUCACAAGGGUUGUGACUGGUUUUUCAACAAGAAAACGAACAAGUUAACUUAUUUAGUUACAGGGAGAGGCCUAAUCCAAGUGACAUUUAAAGUUGAAGACAUAUUCCCUUUAUCAGAACAGGAUCGAGUUUCUUCUUUUUCUCCUCCUAUUUUCAGAUGGUCCCUUGCUGAAUCCUGGAAUGAUGUGGCAAAGGGAUGGGGUGGCUACAAUAAAAGUAUACCAUCAGCUGGUGAAGAUGUUAUCAUUUUACCAGACAGAACUGUCUUGGUGGAUAUGAAUCUUCCACCCCUACGAGGUCUUUAUAUCCAGGGCACGUUGGAAUUCUCAUUAAACACCAGCCAUCUUCUGAGCGUGGCUUGUAUUGUGAUUGCUGCUGGUGGUGUCUUGAAAGUGGGCACACUGCAGCAUCCAUUAGAAGAAAGAAGAAAGGUACACAUUCUCCUUCGGGCAUCUGAGAGAGUAAAUUGUGAUCGAUUGAAAGGUUUGAACGUUGGUCCUGGAACCAUUGGUGUUUUUGGGAAGCUGCAGUUGCACAGUGCUUACACCAAGAAGUCAUGGACACAUCUUGGAAAUGAUGUUGCACCUGGAAAUGAAAGGUUUAUGGUGCAAGAUCAUUUGGACUGGCAUCCUGGUGAUAAAAUUGUUGUCAGUUCCUCUUCAUAUGAAGCCCAUCAAGCUGAAAUAAUCACUUUAGAAAAAGUUAACAAUCAUAGCAUUAGGAUCCGUGAAAAUCUUCUCCAUAGACAUAUUGGCCAUUCCCAUAGAUUAGAAGAUGGUCAAUGGAUUCUCCUGGCUGCAGAGGUUGGGCUUCUGACAAGAAACAUUCGGAUUAAAUCUGACAUGGAUUGCAUAGGAAAACUUCUGGUGAAACCUUGGGGCUAUGCAAACCAAGAUGCAGGUGUGCUUCAACUUUCAAAUGUUGAAAUUUUGAACCUUGGAUCUUCACAAUCUCCAUCAGUUGACAUCACAAAUUCAUCCCUCAAGUCUUUUAUAAUUUCCUCCAGCAUCCAUCACAGCUGUGGAGUUGGUAUUCAAGCCAUUACAAGUAGUGGGCUCUUGCUACGUGAUAAUGUGAUAUUCAAUACAAUUGGGCAUGGUAUACAUUUAGAAGGCCAAAAUCAUAAACUCAUCAGCAAUCUUGUUGUCUUAAUCAAACAACCAGGGACCUCGAAGUUCUGGAUUGCUGGCAUCAAAACAAAUGCAGUAGAAAGUGUUAUGUUACAUAAUAAUAGUGUGGCUGGUUCGGAACGGAUAGCCUUUCAUAUCAAAGGUCAAGAAUGUUUCUCAGCAGAGGAUCUUUAUAGUGGCAAUGUAGCUCAUUCAAGCCUUCAUGGGGUUCAUUUAUAUAAAGGAGAUGGCUUUCCAAACUGUACUAAAAUUACAGGCUUUUUGUCUUACAAAAACUAUGACUAUGGGAUAAUGUUUCAUCUUGUAGGAAGUGUAGUAGUUGAAAAGAUGAUAUUGGUGGACAAUGUUGUAGGACUCUUGCCAGUACUUUAUGGACCAUCUGCUAAGCUUCACUGUCACCAGAAAAAACAGCAUCUGAAACUAAGAAACUCUGUCUUUGUGGCUACUAGCACUUCCUUUGAUUGCAUCAAAGACAGAAUCCAGCCUCUUUCAGCCAAUGUGACAAUUACAGAUCGAGCUCCACGUAAUCCCUGGAGGGGCCGAAUUGGCAUGUUAUGGCCAUCUUUUACUUUGGACUGUAAUUGGUGGCCUGAUGCUCCAUGGCAUAAAAUAAGAAACUAUUCAAUAGUUAUGGGAGUCACAACUCUACAAGAUAUAAUCUUCGAUGGUUUUAAAAAGAGUUGCUAUACUGAUGACCAAGACAUCUGCAUCAUGACAAAUCCAGGACACGGAGGCAUCUUGCAUCUGAUCACAUCUGAGCAGACCAGAAUGUUCCAUAUCAGGGAACAAAAUAUGUUCCAUUUUCAUCCACUGCAAAUGAGAAUAAAUGAAUCAAUACUUGGCUCAUCUGGUAAUGCGAUAUGUGGGAGCUCAAGGAAAGCUCUUUUCAAAGAUUUGGAUGGAAGUGCUCUAGGAUUGGAUUCACCUGUAUCAGUUUUCCAAAAAUCAGAAUUGGAUUGGGAACAAGCAUGCCAGGAUGCUGGCAUUUACAGGGAAGAAGGAAAAUGCAUUCUCAAGCCUUCAUCCAAUGUUUACUUCUGUAAGGAAACUGAUCAUGCAAUGGUGAUUUUGGAAAAUAUGGACACCAAUUUAGAUCACAAGAACCUCUCUCCACCUUUAUUGAUAGCUAGUACCUUUGUGGACACUUUCAGUGAAGCCACAUCAGAGGGAUCUUUCUGCUCCAAAGAACUCCCUGUGAUAUUUUACUCUAUACUGCCAUCAAACAGCCUUUCAAAGAUUUGCUUUGCUGGACCAGUUCCUUGGUCAUUAAGACUCUACUUUAAUGGUGGUCAUGACAUUGUCAGAAUGCUUUUAGCUAUCUCCUAUGAUGAACCAAGAAGCUUUCAUGUUUUUGUGAAAGAGAACGUUAUCCAACCAGUCUUAUUUUUUUCCAGCCUUUUUUGGGAAAAUGCCACAACAGGAACUAAUUACUUCAAUUUUCAGGAGAAUCUUCUGUAUGUUGCUGUUCACUCGGAUGAACCUAUAGAAAUAUAUACACAUAGUGCUCUUCAUAUUGCUUUCACCAUAUCCGAGAAUACUGGAGAGAAAGCUCAGGCAAUGCUUAUUCAACAGUUGGCAAGUUUUUUACAAAUUGGGCAGGAUGAAAUUAGAGCAGUCUCCAGUACUUCAGGAAAUGAAAACACAUUAAGGAUGAUUGCAGACAAUAGUAUGAAGAGGAAAUAUCAGUGCCCUCCAGAGAGGUCAUGCAUUUUCACUCAUCAUAGCACCAGCCAACAGGGGGGCUUGCAUCCAUCCCAUGUAAUGCAUAGCUUGAGAGUGCUCAUCCUUGAAAUCAGUGAUCCAUUACACGUCUUGAAAUAUAAACUUGACUCCUCGUAUUCAAGUGUCAGAUUCAACAGUUUGGCCAGUAUACUUAUUGAUGCCCAACAAAUUGGGAGACUUCAGCAUAUUCUCAGAUUGCCAGUUGAUUCUCUGGUGAUGAUGGUUUCGUCAGCUUCAGUUCCAGCAACAGAAAGUUCUGGAAAUGGAAGUAGCCCAACUUCAUGGAGUUGCCUCUAUGUCCGUCCAUACAGCAUCUCUGUCUGGAUUCAGCCCUCCAAUGGAGUGGUGGAAAGGCCACUGCUGAGGCAACCACAAAUUAUUUUUCUGGACAAACAGGGACGGAGAAUUGUGCCUUUAGGUUUCCCUUCCAAACCAUGGUUUGUGACAGCUUACCUCCAGAACCACCCAGAAAUUAUAUUGAAAGGUAACACAAGAGUAAAGGUCCAAGAUGGACAAGCUAACUUUCAGAAUUUGAUUGUGUCCAGCUCUUGCUCUGACUGCCACCUCAUUUUCAAAGUUACUUCUCCUCCAGGUGCUGCUUUAUCUGUUGAAUCAAGUUCUUUUACUGUUUCCCCUGUUGCUGUAUCAGAAAAAUCUGCCAUCAUCUUUACUGCUCUCCUGUGCUCAGUAGCCUCCAUGCUUGUUUUGGGAUUUGUUGUUAUUUGUUGGCUCAAGAAAAGCAAGAGAAACAGAAAUAAGCUCAGACAAUCUCUGAAGAAUAAAAAAUGCCCCCAAAUACAGGAAAAUCAAACAAAUUGUGGUAUCCAUCAGCACUGUAUUGGGAAAGAAUAUGAACAUUCCACUUCUAGGAGAGAAGAUAUAAAACUGUGUGAAGAAGUUGCAGAAGAGCCAUUAAAGAAGUUGCAUCAAAAAACAUUGAGCACCACAUUUGCAGAAACAGCAAAUGAAAUCGAACAAGACCACUGGCUCAAUAAAAGGAAAUCAACCAGGGAGUCUCUGGAGCUUCAGGAACUUCACAUCAAGGAGCUUAAUGAAUGGAAGAAGACCAAGCAGCAUAUCACUGACUAUGUUCAGUAUAAAGAAAUGAAAGGAGAGCAAUUCAUAGACCAAAAACAUAAAAGACACAAAGAGAUCCCUGUGACAAGAUCUGAAGAAGAUGUGAGGGGAAAACAGGAAAUUACAGUAUCAUAA